GAUACUUCUCCCAACACAACUCAGCCAAGUUUCGUAUCUCCUUUCUUCGUCACUGUGCUUGUUGGAUUCUUAGCUUUCCCAAUUCUUUAUCACGAAGAAACCUAUCAGAUUUAUAAAAAUCAGCAUGGAUAUCGAGGCGGCAGAGCUCCAGGACUGGGAGGUUCUUUUACCCAACCCGAUUUCAGUUGAUUCGGGUUUGCCCGACUCCUCGGAGAACCCGAAUGAUUUUCAAGAAAUCGGAGCCGAUUCUCAAGGUAUUGUACACACCGAUUACUUCUCUUUGGAUACUGGAGAGAGUUUCCCGGGCACCGCUGCUGCGGAUUUUGAUGUGGGCGAGCUGGGUUCGGACAAUCCGAGCUGGAUUGAUCCAGACGGAUUGGAGGCCCGGUACCCGGCCAAAGAAUCCGGCGAAUCUUGGCCCGAUUCAGGCAGUGACCUGUCGGAUGAUCGGGUUUUCGAGGGGAAAGGAGAAUUGGGUAUGCUCCAAAAGGACACAAUUGAAGGGGUUUUUGAGGGGAAAGGAGAAUUGGGCAUUCUCCAAAAGGGCACAAUUGAAGGGGGUUUUGAUGGGAAAGGAGAAUUAGGCAUUCUCCAAAAGAAUACAACUGAAGGGGUUUUUGAGGGGGGAGGAGAAUUGGGUAUGCUCCAAAAAGACACAAUUGAAGGGGUUUUUGAUGGAAUUGAGGAGAUAGGGAGUGAGAUUGAGCAGCUUGAAGGAGAUGCAGAUUUGAAAGAUACGUAUGCUGCUGCAGAAGAAGAAGAAAAGCAGAAGGCCGAAUCAAUCGUUGGAUCUGAAAAGCAGGAAAUUGCGGGGAAGAAAACGGAUGAAAUAGAGGACAAGAAGAAUAAGAAGAAGACAAUGAAUGUGGUGGGGUGGAAGGCGCCUUUCGAGCUCUUCAAGUACUAUGUAUUGAAGUCUCGCCAUUUUGGGAGUCUGUCUGUGGCGGCAGCUGCUGCUUUAGGGUUUGCCAUUCUGGGUCACAGAUUGUACAAGAUGAUGAUGAUGAAAAAGAGAUCGAAAACGCUGGAGGACGGUAAGAAGAAGGUGGUAUUGCAGUUCAUUGGCCGGGGCCCGGCAAGUCUAUAUGAAGCAUUUUCCAUGGCGAAGCAGGUGCCUGCAGCCAUGAUCCGACCGCAGCAGUUGCCCGGAGCUGCUGCAGUUAUUCCAUGGCCUGUUAUAGCUUUGAUAUAGAGGAAGGAUCUAAAAUGUUUGCAGGAAACAUGGUUUGUUUCUUUCACAUUGUAUGCUCAUGCUUUUUGUGCUUUUUGUAUAAUAUAUACUCAGGAUGUAUGUGAUUGUGUAACCCCUUAUAUUUCAAGAAUUAGUAUUGAAAGAAUAAGUAUAGUGCUUAAGAGUUGUCAUUAGUUUCUGAUCAUUUCAUCAUCCAUCAUAUGGGCUGUGAAUCAGGUCAUAUGGUACCCGCCCGGGUAGCUCAAGUGGCAAGCACUUGGUGAAGUUUGGAGAAUGACCAAGGAUCGAAACCUGGCAGCGACCGUUGUGGAGGCGACCACCUCUGAAAAAUGAGGGGAGUCUCUGGUGCGCACUAGGAUAUGGUCUAGCUGAGUGUUGUGCUUGGGUCACCGUGAUUUACCUCCUCUCACAUUUUCGUCGGGUUCGGGGGUGAGGGGCGCCCGGGGUGAGCGAUUUC